AUGAUCUCUACUAAUAGCCCUCACCAUUCCGAUUCCAAUACUACUACUACUACUCACGAUAAUAAUAUUAUUUCAUCAAUAACACCUCCUCCUCCACCCCCACUCAUUGUAUCAAAUGAAAACAAGAAAAUUCUGCUCAAUCCAAUCAGAAAGUUUAAUGUCAUUGCUGUUUCUCCAAAUAGAAAUGUUCCUCCACCUCCUCCUCCAUCUGCCAACACAAUGAGAGUUCCUCCACCUCCUUCCUCAUUGAAAUAUAUUCCAAAGGAAGAUGCUUGUUCUUCCUCUGCUCGACCAAAAAGUUUGGCCGAGGAAUUGAAAUUAAAAAUUAAGAAGGAAGUGGAACAAUGUAAAGUAGUUCCGUUCAAGAUAAAUGAAGAGAAUGAGACAAUUUCAGAGGAUGGGUUGAGAGUGGUUAGAUUUGUAGUGACGAGUGACACUCAUAACAAACAUGGAAUGUUGAAUUUACCACAGGAGGCAGAUGUAUUAUUGCAUUGUGGUGAUUUUACAUAUGCUGGAUCGAAUGCAGAAGUUUCCAGGUUUAAUGAUUGGCUUGGAACUGUAAAUUACAAGCACAAGAUUGUGAUUUGUGGAAAUCAUGAAUACCCAAAAACAAAAGAAAAAUAUGAUGAAUUACUUUCGAAUGCCACUGCUGUAUUGGUGAAUUCCAGUAUUACCAUUGAGGGAGUCAAAAUAUUUGGAACACCUUUCGUCCCUAACAUGGGUGACUUUCAAGGUGAAAAUUACUUUACAAAAUUAUUGGACAAUACAGGGUUUUACAAAAAGGAAGAGGAUUUGAAAUCUGUUUAUGAUUUAAUUGAUACAGAUACUGAUAUAUUAAUGACCCAUACACCACCAAAUAAGAUUCUUGAUGGAAGUGGAAAGUAUGGAAGUUAUGCUUUGAAAGAGAGAUUACAAUAUUUGACCAAUUUGAAAGUUUCAUGUUUUGGACAUGUACAUGGAGCUUAUGGAUAUCAGAAAGUUGGAAACACUCUAUUUAUUAAUGCUUCAUCGGAUGGUGUGGAACAACCUAUUGUUUUUGAUUAUAUUGUAAAGAAGUAA